UUGUUAAUUCGCAUACUACCAAUAAUGAUAAUCCCAGCGCUCCACCAGCUCCCAGUGCACCCGCCUUCAAUACUGGAGGUUCUGGCGGUCAUAGCUUGUAUCCCAGCUUGCCUAGCGAUAAUCGCGGUUCAAUGGGUGGUGGUGGUUAUCAACCCGGCGGUUACAAUCCCGGUGGUUAUGUACCACCAGGUUAUCAAGGCGGUUAUGGUGGUGGUUACACUCCCCCAGCUCCUGGUUAUGGUGGCGGACAAGGUGGUUAUGGCGGUGGUCAUGGUGGGUAUACUCCUCCAGCUCCUGCACCAGGUCGUGCUCCCACCAAAGAAAAAGAGGGUGGUGGUUUCUUCUCGAAUUUCUUAUCCAGUCCUGAAGUUCGGAAUGCUGUAACCGGUAUUAUUGCUGGACAAAUUGCCAAUACCUUGAGAGGAGGUGGUAAUCAACCACAGCCCAGCCAACCCAGCGGUGGCUAUCAGCCAAGUGGUGGUUAUGGCGGUGGUUCCUCAUCCGGCGGUUCCUCAUCAUCCGGUAGUACUGCCAGUAAUAUCUUGGGCGGUUUAUUGGGCAAUGUUUUGUCUGGUGGCGGCGGUGGUGGCAGCAGCAGCGGUGGUAGCAGUGCCAGCAGCUUCUUGGGCAGUGUUUUGUCUGGUGGCGGUGGUGGCGGCAGCAGCGGUGGUAGCAGUGCCAGCAGCUUCUUGGGUAGUCUAUUGGGCGGUGGCGGCGGCUCUGGCGGUGGUCACAGCAGCUCUGGUGGUUUGGGUGAUAUUCUAUCUUCAAAGAAUUUCGGUGGUCUUUUCAGUGAGAAUCCAUCAAAAUCCGGUUCUUCCUCAUCGUCCUCCAGUUCCAGUGGUGCUAAAAACUAUCCCACCCAACCACCAGCAUAUGGAAACUACAUGGGCUACAAUGGUUAA